CCUUGAUAACGUGGUCCUGAUAAUUUCGUCUGUAUAGUGUAGAUAUUGCCAGUGUAAAAUGAGUUUUAAGAUGAGCAAGUUGUUUUCUGUUGUACGUAAUGUUCGAAUUACGUGUACUCAAAAGUAUUUUAUUCCGUGGCAUCAGAAAUUAAGAUAUAGUAGCAAGAAUAAAGAUUCGCCAUUCUACUUUGAAGGACAGAAUGUUUUCAAUUAUAAAAAAGUUCCUAUCCCAAAGGCUUCUGAUAUUGUCAUAAUAGGAGGAGGAAUAUAUGGAUCGUCUAUAGCGUACUGGUUAAAGGAAAGAGCUCCUGACAGCUUCAGUGUAAUGGUGAUCGAGAAAGACCCAACAGUACGGAUCAUAAUGUACCUACGUAACCCCAAUGGCGGUGCUUCCGACUGUUCGUGCUCUCGACGGACUCCUAGGUCGCCGAGUACAGAUGAUGGAGAAAUUAGAGAGGUUGAAUUUUCUAUUUUAGUCAUUGCAGCUGGACCAAGUUCUGGAGAAAUAGCAAAAAUGCUAGGAAUUGGAACAGGUAAAGGAAUCUUACAGUUUCCAUUACCUGUUCAACCAAGGAAAAGAUAUGUGUAUUUUUACCAUUGUCCAGAUGGUCCAACCCUUGACUUUCCAAUGUUAAUAGAUUCCUCUGGAGCAUAUGCUACUAGAGAAGGGCUAGGUGGAUAUUAUUUAGCAGGAAAAUCACCCUCUAAAUCAGAAGAACCAGAUAACAGCAACUUAGAUGUAGAUCAUCAAUAUUUUGAUAGAUGCGUGUGGCCAUUGAUAGCUAAUCGUGUUCCUGCUUUUGAAGCUUUGAAGGUCAAAUCUGCAUGGGCUGGUUAUUAUGAUUAUAAUUAUUUUGAUGAAAAUGGUAUUGUCGGUUGCCAUCCAUAUUAUGGUAAUGUCAUUUUUGCUACUGGAUUUAGCGGUCAUGGUAUUCAGAUGGCACCAGCUGUAGGCAAAGCUGUUAUGGAACUCAUUUUAGACAGAGAAUAUACAUCUAUUAAUCUCAGAAAUUUUGGAUUUGAAAGAAUUAUAGAAGGCAUUCCACUAAUAGAAAAUCAUUGUGUUUGAUUUAUUAAAAGUAAUUUAUAAUCAUGCAUAUCUAUUUUAAAAUUAAUUAUAUGUUUUUAAUUCUUAAUUCUAAUUGUAUA